GGGGACGGGGCACCCGGGAGGGGAAGGGGCUGCCCAGCAGCAACUCAACAGUGCCUGAGAUCCGGGCCCGAUCAAGGACGAAUCGCAGACCUACACGCACACACAGCUGCCGAGAAUGUUUAUAGCGAGUGUCCUAUGACCUGACCAUACGCAGUCGGAAUACCGAACUCGCUUACUCGUUUCCUUUAGAAACGCAUAAGGGACUUGCCAACGGCGGAGCGCACGCGCAGUAGCGCGUUAUUUUCUCGAUCUCGUGGCGCUAACGCGCAUGCGCGGGGCUUUCAGCUGCGCCGACCGUUGCCGCGCAUUUUGGGCGCGGUGACCGAGUGCGCGAUGGCGCAGCAGACUAAAGACAGCUCUACCCCGGGCGCCGAGCUUUUAGACGCAAAGGACCCCUCAUUGGCGGCCGACUUGAUGGAUCAGCGUGGUGCCGAGCCCGAAGCUUGUCGACCGAAGUGCAUUGAAUUAAAAGAAGCAAUGAUAAAAGCUGAAUUUGGGGAUGGUUCAGAAUAUCAAAAUGAACAAUUGGUCGCCCAUUGUGCCGUUGUUCCUGAGGGAGAUGUAGACAACAAUAAGACACAAAAGGUUAAUGCUGAGGACCUUCUCAAGAUUUCCUAUGUAAACGCAAGAAAUGUUCUUUCGGCUGUGAGGCCAGUAAGUAGCCUCAAAAUGGCAGACUACAUGUACCCUGAUUUGCCGAUUACUAAACAUAGAGAACAGUUAGUUAAUCUCGUUGAAAAUAAUUCGAUUGUCAUCAUCUGCGGUGCUACUGGCAGUGGCAAGAGUACACAACUACCACAAUAUAUUCUUGAACACUACUUAAAAAAACAUGCAUUCUGCAAUAUUGUAGUGACUCAGCCACGAAAAAUUGGAGCAAUCAGUAUUGCCCGGUGGAUCUGCAAAGAACGUUGUCUGACAAUUGGAGGCCUGGUUGGCUAUCAGGUUGGAUUAGAAAAAGAAGUGGGUUUGGACACACAACUUACAUAUGUGACAACAGGCGUUCUACUUCAAAAAAUUGUAAACGCAAAAAGUUUGAUUCAAUUUACACACAUCUUCAUUGAUGAAGUGCAUGAGCGCAGUGAAGACAUGGAUUUAUUGUUGUUGAUUGUUCGUAAACUGCUACGUACUAAUUCGCGGUCUAUUAAGGUGAUCUUAAUGUCUGCGACCAUUAAUUGCAUGGAGUUUGCAGACUAUUUUGCAGUGCCGUUCCAUAAUAGCCUGACCCCAGCAUAUGUAUUCCAGGUAGAGGGAGCCCCGUAUACCAUUGAUGAAUAUUAUCUCGAUGAUCUCCAACAUCUCAUUCACUACCCGGUUGCACCUUCAUUUACCAAUGAUCCAAAAAUUGCCCCUGAAGUCUACAAUAUAGCUGAAACUCUGAUCCUCUAUUUUGAUGAAUUAGAAAGUGAACAAAGUGGAUCGACAGGAAUGAACUUGACCCGUGGCAGUGUAUUAGUAUUUUUGCCAGGUUUGGCAGAAAUAAAUUACAUGUAUGAGGUCCUCACAUCAAUGGUUCAGAAGAGGCUGCAUAUAUAUCCACUGCACUCAAGUGUGACCUUGGAAGAACAAAGUCAUGUAUUCCUAGCCCCUGUACCAGGCUAUAGAAAGAUUAUUUUGUCAACAAGUAUUGCUGAAAGCUCGGUCACAGUUGCCGAUGUUAAAUAUGUGAUAGACUUCUGUUUAACCCGCAUUCUGAUUUGUGAUGAAGACACAAACUACCAGAGCCUUUGUUUGAGCUGGGCCUCAAAGAUGAGUUGUAAUCAGAGGAAAGGCCGCGCCGGACGUGUUUCAAAAGGGUACUGCUAUCGGUUAGUGACAAGCGAUUUCUGGACAGACUGUAUUCCUGAUCAUGCAAUACCAGAGAUGCAGCGUUGCCCAUUAGGCAGUACUGUACUGAAAGUAAAAUUACUGGAUAUGGGGGAACCAAGAGCAUUGUUGGCUUCUGCUCUAUCUCCACCUAAUCUGAAGGAUAUUGAACGCACUAUCCUGCUACUAAAAGAGGUGGGAGCACUCACUGUUGAAAUAAAAGGAAUAGAAAACCCCUACGAUGGAGAUCUAACUUUCUUAGGAAGAGUGUUGGCAUAUUUGCCUGUGGAUCUCCUAUUAGGAAAACUUGUAGUUUUAGGACAUGUUUUUGGUUGUUUGGAAGAAUGCCUUAUUAUUGCUGCUGCCCUUUCGUUAAAAAACUUCUUUGCAAUUCCUUAUAAGCAGCAUCUUGAAGGAUACAGGAAUAAAAUGGAAUAUUCAGAUGGAACAUUAAGUGAUUCCAUUGCACUUGUGAAUGCAUUCAAGGCAUGGCGUACUUGCAGAGAACAAGGGCAGCUGAGAUUCCCUAGGGCUGAGUUGGAGUGGGGAAAAUCCAAUUACAUCCAAAUAAAAAGAAUAAAAGAGGUGGCGCAGUUGUAUGAGGAGUUGAAAGAACGGGUGCAACGUUUUAAUAUGUAUGUUGAUCAAACCCAUUUGUGUACUAAUGAAGAGGAUGUACACAAGCAGAGGUUUAUUUUGCAGAUGGUGCUGGCUGGUGCUUUUUACCCCAAUUAUUUCACAUUUGGUCCAAUCACUGAAGAAGUUGCAGUGAAAGACUUAGCUGGAAAAGAUUCAAAAUCUACAGUAGUGGUGAGGAAUGUGCCACCUUAUGGAUUCCUGUACUAUAAACAGAUACAGUCUCUGUUCAGGCAGUGUGGACAAGUCAAAUCUAUUUCAUUUGAUGGAUUGAAGGGCUUUGUUGAAUUUGUGCAAAAUCCAAUAAAGAGAACUGAGAUUCAUCCUGCAGUAUAUAUGGCAUUAAAGAUGGCCCAGCACCGUAUUCCCCUACAGUUAAAUAUUCAUCCUGUGGAAGAAAUUGAACAAUUGACUCAAGGACAACAUAGUACAAACUUACGCAAUCCAAGAUUGUGUGCAGACUAUCAAAAUUGGAGAGUUCAACUAAUGCCUGAGGAGAAGUCAAGAAGUUCUUUGGAAUUGUCAUGUGAUCCUGUUCCACAAUUUUUCACCAUGAAUAUCACUGAGGUUGUCGAAGUUGGACAUUUCUGGGGUUACAGAACAGAUGGCGAGAGCUUGCUUACACUGAGCAAACUGAUGGCUGAAAUUAAGCAGCUGACCUUAACAUCACUGAUUGUGGAACCAUGCCCUGAUUUUUGUCUUGCACCAUUCACAGACUAUGGUGAAAUCCAUUAUUAUAGAGCUAAAGUCUUGCAAGUCUCGGGUGAUUCAGCUGAGCUUUUCUUUGUGGAUUAUGGAAAUACAGCGAGAGUUGCAACAAAUCUAUUGCGGAAUAUUCCACAUAACCUUUUGGAGUUGCCUUUUCAGGCUCUUCAAUGUCAAAUCUGCAACAUGCGGCCAUCUGCGUAUUCCAUGAUAUCUGGAGAUCGGUGGAGCGCCAAGGCCAAGAGAAGAUUCUGCACCUUGGUGAAAAACUGUGUGCUGCUUGUGAAGGUUUACUCCAUUGUGCACAAUGUGUUACGGGUGGACCUAAGCUUGCAGACUUCCAACCCUGGCUGUAAUGUGCGAGAGAUCCUCAUUAGUGAAGGCUUUGCUGAACUAGCUGAGGAGAACUACGAAUCUAAGUUAAGUCACGAGCAACUGAAAACCAUAUUACAGUCUCCUAUCCAUAAAAGGAUAGGUUUAAAUCAACCGACUACGUGGACUCAGAAAGAGGAAAACUGGAAGCUGAUUCAAACAUUAGUUAAAGCAUUCUCAUCUGCUAAACUCGGUUUUCCUAGUACUAAGGUCUAUUUACAUGGUCCCUUUAAUCCAUAUGAGACCAAAUUUUAUAGUAUGACUACAAUGUCCAGGUUCCGGAACGUGUGGAUUGAGAGAGAGAGUAUAAAUUCAGUAGCUCUGAAUAAUGCCCCAGAAGAUAGUCAACAGAGGAUAUUGAUUGGUGCAUCAGUGUCGGUAAAUACCUCAGGCUCAACUAUCAUUGUGAGAGAAACAACAUUGAUGCCAGAUAUCCAUGGGUUACCAGCUCUAAUAUGUAUGAUAUUUGCUCCAGUCAUAGAACUGAGAACUAACAGGUUGAGAAACAUUUACACCGGUGCUUUGUGUGGUUUAGGUUGGAAUCCAAUCAGUAGUGCCCCCUCAUUGGAAGGACAUGAUCUGGAAGUUGUGUUUGAUGUGCACUUUGAUGUUAAUGACAUUAUAGAGAUCAAUCUGUUACGGAGCACCAUCAACAAAUUAAUUUGUGAACAACUACUGCGUUCAAGGAACCAAGAAAAUAUACGUAAAUUGCAGUAUGAAGCCCGCCUCAGACUGUUAGACAUAUUUAUUAGAAAGAAACCAAGAGAAACGAUUACUUCUCAGUACUUUGAAAGACCAUACCAGUGGAAUCAGGUGGAUCCCACACUUUUGAGCCAUUCCAGAGUAGAAAGUAAGAAUGUUCUGUAUCGCUUGCAUUCAUUGGUACUCUUGAAUCCUUAGACCAUAAUUCUGAAGAUGUGGUAAUGCACAGCAAUUCUGACUUAAGAAUGAAUGCUGGAUAAAUAUGGAAAAAGGAAUAAUGUUGUCGACUGCAAUUUGAGUAACUGUUUUGCGAGACUUGGAACAAAAUAAAUGAUAAAGCAACUAGGUAAAUUCUGUUAGGUAAGAUACUUAAAAGAACAAAUUAUAUCUUCAAAAUUUGCAGGUAUUUUUUCAUGUUGUAGCUACUUCAUUUAUUUAACCACUGUAUGAAGGAUUGAUAGCAUGACAAGUACUGAAAAUAACUGCAUGCUAUUUAAGCAUAAUAGCACAGACAAUUUGUGUUUAUUAGUAAGCACUUGUAAAUUUAAUUUCACUUCUGUUGAUGUGUGCAAGAAUGGGCUGUAUUCCUGCAGCUAUGGUGUUGCUGCAAUAAGUAGAUGCAAUUAGCUUGCAACUUAUUAUUUUGU